AUGCCGACAACUCCGAGCGACAACACUGGCGAAAGCGGUGAUGGUUCGGUUCCGAAUUCAUCGACUACACAUCACACGGUGAUUACAGUUCCAGUGAAUAUCCCGCUACCAGAAAAGUUAGAUUUAAGCGGCGGAAAUCUUCCUGUUAAAUGGCAACGAUUCAGUCGAGCGUGGUCGAACUACGAAAUUGCUGCUCAACUCAAAGACCCGGAAAAUCCGGAUAGGAACAAGCAACGAAGGACGGCCACCCUGCUCACCUGCAUCGGGUCGGAUGCGCUAGAUGUUAUUGACUCAAUGGAGUUUGAGUCCGAAGACCAGCGGAAAGAGCCAGACGUGAUACUUGAGAAGAUGGAAAAAUACUGCAUUGGGGAAUGCAAUGAAACCUACGAAAGAUAUGUCUUCAACCGAAGGGAUCAGGAGUCUAAUGAGUCUGUGGAUGCCUAUGUUACUGCUCUACGUAAAUUAGCCAAGACCUGCAAUUAUGGGACACUAGCCGACUCACUAAUCCGUGAUAGAAUAGUGGUUGGCAUUAAUGACAAUUCAGCUCGAAAGAAACUACUACAAGCAGGCAAACUCACCUUGAGUCAAUGUAUUGACAUUUGUAGAUCUUCAGAGACCUCCGCACGGCAACUGAAGACUAUGAAUCAGGAGGAUGUCCGUCUCGUAAAGGAGGAAAAAAGUCAACCCGGCAGGCAAAAAGAAGGCUGGAGUAUCGGACAACAGGCCCCGCACUGAAUCACGAGAGUCCAGAAUGACAUGCAAAUUUUAAGCUAGGCAGCAUCCCUUCGCCAAGAAGAACUGUCCAGCUUGGGGAAACACUUGCAAGAAGUGCGGCCUCCCAAACCAUUUUGCAGUCUGUUGCAGAGAAUCAAAGAAAAAGGUGCUUUUUAUGGAUUUUGACUCCGAUGAUGACGAAUAUGUCGCAGAGAUUGAUGUGAAAGAGCAAGUCAAUGCACUAGCCCCCGCAGUC